GGUUUGUCAACAAUCAAUUUGCCCCUCUUACGUUGAUCCGAUUGCUUUGAAUUUGGUGCGGGUCCGUAGUGUUCAUUGCCCGUGAUCUUGCCCACCAGCCCCAUGAGUGCGUCCGAGUUGAGCUCGUACCAGCUCCAAUUGGAGCAGGUCAAAGCGGCCUUGACCUCGGAACCAACCAACGAGGAACUGCUCAAGCUGCAGACCGACCUGGAACAAGUCAUCCAACUCACGCAGGAACUCAUUCAGACGCAGAUCUCGGCCUCGCACGCCAUCGGAGCUUCGACCUCGGCGGCCACGCCCACCGGCAUCCCUAGCCCGGCCUUGGCUGACACGGCUUCGACGUCGUCUCGGUCGCGUUUGGUGGAGGAUUUGACGCCGGUCAAGCAUUGGCAAGUGGGCGAACAAUGUCAGGCUCUGUGGCAUAAGGACGGAUUAUAUUAUGAGGCUACCAUAAACGAGAUCACUACGGAUGGCGAAGUCUCGCUCACUUUCAAACACAACGGUCAACAAGGCGUGACCAGUUUAGGGUUGCUUCAGUUCUCCAAAAUGGGCGUGACUGGCACCGAGUCUAACCUAAAUAAGCGCGAACAAAUGGACAAACAACGCGAGUACCUGAAGAAGAAAAAGCAAAAGAAGAUGGAACGUUACAAGAACAUGGAAAAAGAACGCGAGAAGGAGAAGAACAAAUGGCAGAAUUUCAGUCACAAGGCAUUUGGAAAGAAAGGAUUCGUCAAGAAGAGUAUUUUCAAGACCCCGGAGAAUACAUCUGGACGCGUGGGUAUCGGAACUUGUGGCGUGUCUGGACAAGAAAUGACCAAAUUCAGUCAUGGUGCAAAAUAUCGAAAAGGUGUCUAAAUUGAAGGUGUAUUGUUAAAUUUGUGCUGAUCACCUGCCUGCUCGUCAGGUAAAUGAAAUAAAUACGAAAAAGGGAAAUGCGAUUGCAACAAAAACAAUUUGGUGUAUUUUCCUCAUUCUCACAUUCACACUUUGAACAUCAUGAGAGGUUGACGAGACCUCACUGUUUAUAUAUUGAUAGGUUAAUUGCAAUAAAACAAAGUUUUUUGAGCAUGUCAUAAAUAGCGUCCGGAUUGUCAAGCGGACACAGAUGUUGGUUUGAACGCACAUACGCCCAUCAUGACCCCAAUUUAUUUGCCACCCGCAGAUCCAUACAUGCGGUCGAGGUCUCUUUGGUAGAAUUCCUGGAUAGGUUUCCUCUUCAAUUUGAAUGCGGCGGUGACCAAUCCCGAUUCUGGCGCCCAAAGCUCUUUGCAAAGACUCACGGCCCCGGGGAUCUCAAACUUUUCCAACUUAUGUUUCUUCCCAUGGUUCACGAGCUCUCGCAAAACACCUCCC